AUGGCAAGUCUUGCAAAGGCUUAUCCCAAAUUGUUGCCAUUGGAUUUGUUCAAACAGAAAGAUGAAGAAGUGGAGUCCUUAAGGAAGAAUUUUGCUGGAAUUCAAGCUGACAGGAAGGAGAGGGAAGAAGCUGAAGCAGUGAAGGUGGCUGCACAACUCAAGAAAACGGAAGUUUCAGCCUAUCUAUUCUCAAGCAGCUUGAGUCCUAAAAUUCUUGAAGGCUUGUUGGGAGCAGGUUUGUCAACACACGAGCAGAUGGAUGAAGUCAGGCAUAAGUGA